CUCUGUGGGACAGUGCGCCGGGCGACUCACACUGGAGCUGAUCUCCAAAGCCUUCUGCUGCCCAGAGAGUUGUCUUCCUUCUACAGCGUCCAGUUUCAAGCUGAGCUGAAGCUUGCGCAGAAAACACAAAUUUACGAAGCAAACCAGUGCAGUUCUACGCCUGAUCCGGAGGCCGGCAUGUACGCCAAGAAUUCAGAAGAACACGGGCCAAGCAGGGAAGGGUCUUUUGACUCGGUUAAUCCUGCUUAUGAGGAGAAGCAGCUCAACAAAGAAGACAACCAGAGCAUCUCCACUUCAAGGCCCAGCAGCUCUGCGAAGGGAGUCGUGACCAUCGUAUUCUCACUAAAAAAUGAAGUGGGGAGUCUCAUAAGGGCACUUCGGCUUUUCCAGGAAAAGCACGUCAACCUUGUUCACAUUGAGUCCCGCAAGUCCCAGCGGAAGAAUUCAGACUUUGAGAUCUUCGUGGAUUGUGACACUGACCACGAGCAGCUCAAGGAGCUGACCCAGCUGCUGAGAACGCACACCGAUGUGGUUGAGAUCACUCCAUUUGAGAACUCCAGUCUGCCUGAUGACGACAUAGCCGGUUUGCCGUGGUUCCCGAAGAAGAUCUCUGAUUUGGAUCGGUCUGCGAACAGGGUUUUGAUGUAUGGCUCGGACUUAGACGCCGACCAUCCGGGAUUUAAAGACAAAGUGUACCUUAAAAGAAGAAAGUACUUUGCUGAUUUGGCGAUGAGCUACAAACUUGGCGAUCCUAUUCUUCGCAUAGACUUCACAACAGAGGAGGUGCGUACCUGGGGGGUGGUGUUCAAGGAGCUCAAAAAGCUCUACCCCAGCCACGCCUGCAAGGAGUACCUGAAGAACCUUCCCCUGCUGACCGAAUACUGUGGCUACAGCGAAGACAACAUCCCCCAGCUGGAGGAUGUCUCCCACUUCCUCAAGGAACGCUCAGGCUUCAUCAUCCGGCCAGUAGCGGGGUACCUCUCCCCCAGGGACUUCCUCGCGGGCCUGGCCUUCAGAGUGUUCCACUGCACUCAGUAUGUCCGCCACAGCUCCAGGCCUUUGUACACACCUGAACCAGACACAUGCCAUGAGCUGCUGGGUCACGUUCCCCUGCUCGCUGAGCCCAGCUUCGCCCGGUUCUCCCAAGAAAUCGGCUUAGCAUCGCUGGGAGCUUCAGAUGAUGCUGUCAAGAAACUAGCCACAUGUUAUUUCUUCACAGUGGAGUUUGGCCUCUGUAAGCAGGAUGGCAGGCUGAGGGCCUAUGGAGCUGGACUCCUCUCCUCCAUCAGUGAACUCAAGCAUGCUUUGUCUGGCAGGGCCAAUAUCCUUCCAUUUGACCCCGUGGUGACCUGUAAUCAGGAGUGCAUUAUAACUACGUUCCAAGACGUUUACUUUGUUUCCGAGAGUUUUGAGGACGCCAAGAACAAAAUGAGGGAGUUUGCUAGGACCAUUUGGCGGCCAUUCUCAGUACACUACAACCCCUACACCCAGAGUGUGGACGUCCUGAAAGACACCAACAGCAUCAAUAGCAUGGUGAAGGGCAUCCGGGAUGAGCUGGACAUUGUUGAAGAAGCCCUGAGCCGUCUCAACACCUGAGAUUAUACGGGGUCGCAUAGGGGUCAGAAUAAGGGGAAGAAAUCCAUUCUUAGUCUCUUAUGACUGGGAAACUGUUUUUGCUUUUUCUAAAGCUAAAAUAUAUCCACAAAUCUACAUAUGCCCCAAAACGGUCAACGUCUGUCGUAUAAGAUAACUUUAGCCAGUCUUACCAUAAAUCAGGGAUGUCAAACUAAUUUUUGCCGUGGGCCACAUCAGCAUCAUGGCUGCCCUCAAAGGGCCGGUUGAAACUGUAACACGGUAUAAAUGUAACUACUCCCGAACAUAUUGUUAUAUGACUGUCUUUGCAUUUUAAUUAUUCAAGUGUAACAAUAUUGUACAUGCAUUGAUAUAAAUGUAAGAAUAUAUGUAACCAAAUUUCUUUGUUAUUAUGAAAUAAAUCCAUUUCCUUUAGGUUAAGAAAUGCACAUUACUCUAUUAAAGAUCAAACACAUGUUAUUACAUUAA